CCCGCCCCGCCGCCGCCCGCCGCCGUCUGAUGAGCCGCGGCCCCGCCGCGCCCCGCCGCCGCCCGCCACCAUGUACCUCGACCCGGAGGCUGCCAGCGCAGGGGCCCCCUCCCGCGAUGUCAUCCUCGUCUCAGCCAUCAUCACCGUCAGCCUUAGCGUCACCAUCGUCCUGUGUGGCAUCUGCCAGUGGUGCCAGCGCAGACUGGGAAAGCGUUACAAGACGUCCCUGGAGACUGUGGGGACCCCAGACUCCAGCCGAGGCCGCAGCGAGAAGAAAACCAUCAACGAUCUAGACAGAGACUUUUGGAAUAACAAUGACAACACAGUGCAGCAGAAAUGGAGCUCGUACCCUCCCAAGGAGUUUAUACUAAACAUUUCACCUUACGCCCCGUAUGGUGACCCGCGCCUUUCCCUCAAUGGCUCUCUGUUAUCAGGGGCUAAGCUGACAGCGUCGGCCACCGCGGGGUUGGCGGGGGAGCGCGACGGCCGCCCCGGGGAGAAGCAGCGCGGCGGCGAGGACGGCAUGAGGAGCAGCAUCUCUGCCCACAGCGAGCCCAGCAUGGGGAAGGCGGCGAGGGGCCGCUGGCACACGGUGCAGAGCCACUUGGCUGCAGGGAAGCUCAGCCUGUCCAAUUUCGAGGACUCCACCUUGUCCACAGCCACUACCCUUGAGUAUAUCCCCACCUCAGCAGGCGACCCCAAAUGCCAGAGGCCCCGCACGCUCAUGCGCCAGCAAAGUCUGCAGCAGCCCCUCAGCCAGCACCAGCGAGGCAACCACAGCCAGCCCACCACCAGCCAGAGCCUGGGCCACCUCCAGGCCCACAGCGGCUCCUCCGGUGCCGGCAACCCCCGGGGCUCCCGCGGCGGCCAGGGGCGCCAGGGCAUCGCCGCCGGCUCCAAGCAUCGGACAGCUGGUGGCCGGAGCCGCUCCAACCCCGGCAGCUGGGACCACGUGGUGGGGCAAAUCCGCAACCGCGGCUUGGACAUGAAGUCCUUCCUGGAAGGCCGGAUGGUGGUGUUAUCCCUGGUUUUGGGACUCUCAGAGCAAGAUGACUUUGCCAAUAUCCCCGACCUGCAACCUGCUGGGACGCAGCCGAACCAGCCGAACGCUCAGGGGGACAAGAGGUUGCCAGCCGGCGGCAAGGCGGUGAACACCGCACCCGUGCCCGGGCAGACGCAGAACGACGAGUCCGACCGCAAGACGGAGCCGCGCUCCUCUGUCUCCGACCUGGUGAACUCCCUGACCAGCGAGAUGCUCAUGCUCUCCCCGGGCUCUGAGGACGAUGAGGGCCACGAUGGCUCCAGCCGGGAGAACCUGGGCCGCAUCCAGUUCAGCGUCGGCUACAACUUCCAGGAGUCCACCUUGACUGUCAAGAUCAUGAAGGCCCAGGAGCUGCCGGCCAAGGACUUCAGUGGCACCAGCGACCCCUUCGUCAAGAUCUACCUGCUCCCUGACAAGAAGCACAAGCUGGAGACCAAGGUGAAGCGGAAGAACCUGAACCCGCACUGGAACGAGACCUUCCUCUUCGAAGGGUUCCCCUAUGAGAAGGUGGUGCAGCGCGUGCUGUACCUCCAGGUGCUGGACUACGACCGCUUCAGCCGUAACGACCCCAUCGGGGAGGUGUCCAUCCCCCUCAACAAGGUGGACCUCACCCAGAUGCAGACCUUCUGGAAGGACCUGAAGCCGUGCAGCGACGGCAGCGGAAGCCGCGGGGAGCUGCUGCUGUCGCUGUGCUACAACCCCUCCGCCAACUCCAUCGUGGUGAACAUCAUCAAAGCGCGGAACCUCAAAGCCAUGGACAUCGGGGGCACGUCAGACCCCUACGUGAAGGUGUGGCUGAUGUACAAGGACAAGCGGGUGGAGAAGAAGAAGACGGUGGUGAUGAAGCGGUGCCUGAACCCCGUCUUCAACGAGUCCUUCUCCUUCGACAUCCCCACGGAGCGGCUGCGCGAGACGACCAUCGUCAUCACCGUCAUGGACAAGGACAGGCUGAGCCGCAACGAUGUCAUCGGCAAGAUCUACCUGUCCUGGAAGAGCGGCCCCGGCGAGGUGAAGCACUGGAAGGACAUGAUCGCCCGGCCCCGGCAGGCGGUGGCACAGUGGCACCAGCUGAAAGCCUGAGCCCCCCCCCGGCCCUGGAGCAGGACAGGGGCGGGACGGCGGUGGCCCUGCGGUGGAGGGUGGGGGACGGAUGGACAGACGGACGGAGCGCCCCCGUCCCCAUCCCCAGCGCCGGGCAGGUCUCCUGCGAGUGCUUCCAGCCACUGUCCCCAGGGCCCUGCCGGCCCCCCCCACCAGUGUCAUCCCAUAUUUUGGGAGGCUGCCAUUGUGAGGGGGGGUCCCGCCUCCCCCCCUUUCAGCCCAGUCAAACCUCUCCCAGCCGCCAGCGUCGCCCCAGCGGGAGCCACGUCCUGCCCAGGGACGUCUCCGCACCCUGCCCCGUCCUAUCCCACCUCCCCCCCAACCCCUGGGGCACCCAAGGGAUCGGAAGCCAUGCCGCAGUUCGUUAGCCAAAGCGGGCACAUCUGUCGCUGCCUCCAGCGGGGUUUGCUGCUUUACCUCCGCCCCGGCACGUCCCCCACACUCCUGAUGCCACUGCGUCCCCCCUGCAGUGGCACCCAGGGGUGCUGCACCCCGGCCGUAUCCCCACGGGGUGGCCUGGGGCCCGCACGAGUGCCCAACGGGGGGGUCCUGCGUGAGGAUGGAGCGGGUGCCACCGUCCCCACGCCAUGCAGAACGGUGUCCGUGUCCCCGCUGUUGGCUGCAGGGGGCUGGCACCCAGCGGUGGCAUCCCCAAGGUGCCCGCGCCUCCCCGUUGGCUCCCCGCUGUCGCCACGGUGGGUGUCCCCCAUGUGCCAGGGACCGGUGGCAUUGGAUGCAGCAGGACAGCAGCAGUGCUGGCUGUGACACGUCCCCGGCUGGUGAUGCCACUCAGUGUCCCUCCACAGGGCUCCCUGCUCCACCAGGGAUACCGUGACCAGCGUGUGCAUGUAUCCUCGGGGUGUCCCCAUGCCAGGGACAUUGGCCAAGCCCUCCCACAGCAGGGCUGCUGCCACCUCCGCAGCCAUCUCAGGUAGGGCACGGCCACCCCCUGCCCACCACGGGGACACCGAAGGGGCCGGGCUCUGCACCCCAGUCUUCCUGUGGCCACCACAGUGUCACCCAACACGUGCCAAGGACACCGCCCCGCCAUGGGGACCAGCCUGAGACCGGGGUGCCACCACCUAGAGCACCACGAGCAUCGUCCCUGCGUCACAGCAUCUCCGGCACAGGCACCCUGGGGUGCCCCGCAGCUGGGACACCCCCACGAGCAUCGGUGCCAUCCCUUCAGGCUGAGCCCCAGCCACCAGGGUCGAUUGCAUUGGGGACCCUGCGCCAGACCUCCCCAAAAAAAACAAGGAGCAGCCAUCAAGGGGAUGCUGCCCCCCAUGUCCCCCGCCCCGGCUGCCUGCCCUCCUUCUGCCACAGGGGAUUUGCUGCUGGGGGACAAGUGGCCCUGGGGACACGGUGGCACCGUCCCUGUCCUGCCGCCAGCAAGUGUCCGGCAGCCACCGGAGACCCCCCCGUUAGACCAUUUCGGACAAUCUGGAGAGAAGUCAUAAUUCUGCUACUACAGUAAUAAUAAUGCUUUUAGGGACA